CUGGGCGUCCUCCGGUCGGAGCUGCUGUGGCUCCAGCAGAACCUUUCGGUUCUCGGUUCCCCGGUGGUUCUCUGCCACAACGACCUGCUCUGCAAGAACAUCAUCUACCACCAGCGGGAG